AUGACGACCGCAACCCUCGCCGGAAGCACCGGCUUCGUCGGCUCACACAUCCUCUCCACCCUCCUGACGCACCCCUCCAUCUCCGCCGUCUACGCCUACGCCCGCCGCGACGUCCCCAACCCCACCGCCUCCCCGAAGCUCUUCCCCCUCACGUCCACGGACACCUCCACCUGGGCCUCCCAAUUCCCACGCGAACUGCACCCGCGCGUCUUCUUCUCCGCGCUCGGCACCACGCGCAGCGCCGCCGGCAGCGUCGAAGCGCAGCGCAAGAUCGACGUCGAUCUGAACCUAGAGCUCGCCAAGGCGGCCAAAGACGCAGGCGUGGAGACAUACGUGCUGAUAUCUUCGGGCGGGGCGAACGCGAGCGGCAGCUUUCCGUACUUGAAGAUGAAGGGCGAGCUAGAGGAACGGGUCAAGGAGCUAGGAUUCAAGCAUACGGUUAUCUUGCGGCCGGGCAUGAUUUUGGGGUCGCGGCCGGAGAGCCGGCCGGUGGAGGCGGUCGUGCGCGGCUUUGCGGGCGCACUGCGCAAGAUUAGUCCGGCGCUGACGAACUUCUGGGGCCAGGAGGCGAGUACGAUUGCGAGGGCGGCGGUGCAGGCGGGCGUUAUGUGUUUGGAGGGGAAGAGGGAGGACGGGGUGUGGAUGGUGACGCAGGCGGAGAUUGUGAAGCUGGGCACUGAGGAGAAGAAGUAG